AUGGCGCACUAUUGUGGUGGAUCAAUAAUUAGCGCGAGGCAUAUUCUUACUGCAGCCCACUGUAUUAACGAGUACACCCAGCCACCUUUUAAUUACGUUAGUGUUGUCACUGGUAGCACUUACUUGGAUAGACCUGGUAACGUACAUCGUAUUUCCAAAAUCGACGUUCAUCCUGGUUGGAAGCUUGACGAGAUCGUUGAGGAUGUACCUUACCCGCAUGAUCUUGCCGUUAUAACGCUAAGAAACAAAAUCAUAUUCGAUGCAUAUCAAAGAAAAAUUGAACUACCCAGUCAUAACUUUGAAGAUGAUGACGAAGUCGUCGUGACAGGUUGGGGAAUAAUAGCUCAAGAUCCUCAAAUUCAUCCUAGACAGCUACAAAUGCUAACAACAAAACUUAUGGCACGAGAUAAGUGCCAGAAGAAAAUGUCCAAUCCCGAGAAAGCAAGAAUUAACAAUUUUCAAAUUUGCGCAUUUCACAGCUAUGGAAAAAGUCCCUGCUUCGGUGAUAGUGGUGGUCCCCUGGUUGCCGGCGAAGAAAUUGUCGGAGUUGUUUCCUGGGUAGACGGUGAUCAUUGCGCUCUUGGAAUUCCUGACAUUUACACGAAUGUAUAUGAGCACAAAGAAUACAUACAAAACAUAUUGAACAAUUCCAAUGGGCUGGAAAAUUAUGCGCCAGAGCCAGCACUUUCAAAUAUACGUAUUAUGUAUGGAAUUUGA